ACCCCGCCCGGCCGCCGGCUCGCCCCUCCUUCGCGGCGCUCGCUGCCGCGCACGGGGCUCGAAAGAUGGAGGACUACGGGCGAUUCUUGGCGCUGCUCGCCUCGACGUUGCUGGUUGGGUUCGUGUCGGUCAUCCUCUCCCUCGUCUGGGUUUUCCACUACCGCGAGGGGUUGAGCUGGGACGGCAGCCAGGGGGAAUUCAACUGGCACCCCGUCCUCGUCAUCACGGGCUUCGUCUUCAUCCAGGGCAUCGCUAUUAUUGUGUACAGAUUGCCCUGGACCUGGAAGUGCAGCAAACUCUUAAUGAAGUUCAUACAUGCUGGAUUAAAUACCAUAGCUAUGAUUCUUGCAAUUGUUUCUAUGGUAGCCGUGUUUGAAUUCCACAAUGCCAAGAACAUUCCUAACAUGUACAGUCUGCACAGCUGGAUUGGGCUGACUGCUGUUAUAUUUUAUUCUCUCCAGCUUCUCUUGGGUUUCGCUGUGUUUCUGCUCCCUUUUGCUCCAGUUCACCUUCGAGUAGUUCUCAUGCCAAUACAUAUUUAUUCGGGUCUUACCAUCUUUGCAACCGUGAUUGCAACAGCUCUCAUGGGAAUCACAGAAAAGCUUAUAUUUUCAUUGAAAAAUCCUGCAUACAGUGCAUCCCCACCAGAAGCAACUUUGGUCAACUGUCUUGGUCUUUUGCUUGUCAUAUUUGGUUCACUUGUUUUAUGGAUGGCAAGCAGGCCCCAUUGGAAGCGCCCCCCAGCAGAGAAUGCUAAAAUUCUGAGGCUCAAUGCAGCGACUCCUGAAGGCACACAAGUGGAAUCCACAAUGACAGACAGUAGUAAUGCAGAUAAAUCUGAUCUGAGGAUCAAUACUGAAGCAGCCAGAAAACAAAACAUCAAUUUUGAUGAAGCAGGACAAAGAUCAACUAUGUAAGAAAAUACACAGAAUAAAAGUACUAUUAUACUGCCAAAUUUCCCCUGGUGAGGGUCCUUCUAAUUUAGUGACAUUGAUAUAUAAGUAGGUUGGGGGUUCAUUUUUAGUAUGGCUUGCUGAAAAAUACUCAAGUUUUCUGCAUAGGGAUUUAAAUUCCUGUAAGUCCCAAACAUAUAUUGGUCCAUGCCUAGUCCUCAUUUAAAAAACAAGAGCAUGAAUGACAUCACAUAAUGGGAAAAUCACAUAAUCGGAAACUGUUUUCCAUCUCACUUCUUAAUUUAAUGCUUAUAUCUCUAAUAGUCAUGAAAAAUUUAACAAGAUUCAAACUAGAUUUUGCUCUUGAGUGAUUUUUCAGGUUAUGAAUCAGACAUGAAGUAUACCAAACAGAAUAAUUUAGUUUGUCACACAUGAAUUUCCUGGUAGUUUUCACUUUUUUAAAGCUCUGAUUUCUCUAGUUGAUUAACCCCCUCACCAGCUGCUAUGUUCUAUGGGAUUUGAGGUCAUUCAGCACUUUACAGAGUUGCUCCAUAAAAUGUUUAUUCUAAAAUUUUUAAUUAAAAAAUAAGGAAAUUAAAUGUUUGCUUGAUAUCUUCAUAAAAUGUUAUGUUUCCCUUAGAAACUUCUGGGGUUUUUUGGUUUUAUUUUUUUAAAAUCAGAAUGUAUUUGUUGACUUUUUAACAAAUUCUACCAAAUAUAUUGUAUGCAGACAACAUUUGGCUUUGAAUUAUGUGCAAUUAUUACUGAAAUCUAAGGAAAUUUAAAGACAUCCAAAUGCAGAAUUUGUCUUAUUUGAAAAGCUAUAGAAACACACUUAGAAAAAAUUAACACUUAGUUUAAGUCUUCCUUUUAUCCCAGAGGCAGCAUUUUACUACCUUUAUUUGAUUGCACAGUUCUGUUGAUUUGUGGUACUAGACUACAAAUUAGGAGGUUAGAAACCAGAAAAAUCUCCUAUCAGUCUCACAGAAAAAAAAAUAAGCUUGAAGUGAGAAAUGCUUUCUCUAAGACACAGGUGAGCUUUGCUGUUUUAAUAAAAUGCUACCUGUUAACUGAAAGCCAGUUUGGGUAUCUUCACACCUGACAUCAAAAGCAUUAUUUUCAUAUGCAUGAAGACAUGCUUUAGUCUAUAAGCAAUCUAUAUAAACUCGAUGACUUUUUAAUUUGAAAUUACAGUGUUAAAUAAUGCCAUUUUCUCUAAGUAACGAAGAGUCCCUACUGGCACUUUACUUUUAUAGCUCUUUCUAAUAAUUAAAGUAUUAAUGUAUUAUGCUCAUUCAUUAAUUUCACAGAUACAAACAAUAUUUAUACUUCUACUACUAUAGAAGAAUAAUUUUAGUAGAUUAUUUGGACUGCACAUGUCCAAAACGAUGAACCAUUCUAUUAUAAUCUCUUGUAAAAGCUUCAGAGCCCACUAGAAAUCUAAAUUUACCACUGUUCAUGUUGGAAUAUACAUAGUUUCAGACAGCAUGUAAUUUCCUAUUUUUUAAAUACUACAUAAGUUUUUAUCUUCUUCAGCUUUUAAAAACAUUUUAAUACAUUACCCUUCAACAAAUACACCAUUUUUGUAGUUCACAAACUAUUUUGGACAAGAGUUACUCUUAAGUCUUCUCUGACAAGAAGCACCUCAGUUCCUGUGAUUUGAUUUGUAAUAAUAUUUUAUUAUUUGGUGAAUUCAGUACAGAAAGCUAGCAUAGUAAAAUACUUCAAAAACUUUUCUGCUGUACCAUUCGGGACUCCAGGACUACAUCCCAGAGUUCUAUGUUUUCACUUGUUGAGGAUGACUGGGACCAACCUCACAUUGGUAUAUUUUUUCACUGUAGAAAAUAUCUACGUUUAAUGUACAAUUCAGGUAUGACAGAAGGAAUACUAAACUAAACUACUAAACUAUUGUGUGAGCAUUCCUCCAGUCCCACUAUAUGCAGUGAAUCAAACAGUGAAGCCUGACAGGGGAAGUGAAUAAAUGAGCUCACUUGUAGUAAUUUACUAUGCAGCUUUCUAUACUGCACUCACACAGGCCAACAGCAUUUGAAAUUGUUAUGCACUGGCCUGUUACUCUGUCUCAUCCACCUGAGAAAAUGAGCUCCCUCAAUUCUUGCAUAGUACUAGGUCACAUAAUAAAAGCACGUGUUUGUAUGGAAGGUAGUCAGUUGCCUAGGGAUUGUUCUGGAAGAAACUAACUGUACAGUGUACUGGAAAAGAACACAAAAUCUAUGACUUCUUUUGUUACAGCACUGAGUUGAACGUAUUGAAAUGAACAGCUUCUAGGUGACUGGUUCUAUAUACUGUUAAAGUUAAGCUAUAAUAACCAGUAUGCCCUCUGUUUUCCAUUGUAUUCCAUGUACUGUUCAAGGGGAAUGAUACUUGAAAAAAGAAUGAUGGCAUUUCUUUACUUCUCUAUUCUCAAAAUCAAGGAUUAGCAACCUUUUGAGGGGAGCCUCACAGAACAUAAUUUUGUUUUUAAACUUAGAGGUUAAACAUGAUGGUAAAAACUCAGUGGAAGCUGGAAGAUUCCAUUUGGGGAAUUUAUAAUCAGUGAUAUCUCAUGUGCAUGAACGGUGGGAUUCUGGCUGCUGGUCUUUGGAAGGUCCCCAUGAGAUGCAGUAGCUGUGCGCUCCUGAACCUUGAUCAGUCUUGGUGAGUGCAAUUUAAAACUGACAAAACAUACUGUAGACUUUUGGCUUAAUUCUAAACUGACUAGAAAGACCUCUAAGUAUCCUUGCAAAAAAUGAGGUUAGUUUAAGUGCUAAAUAAAAAUACAUAAGUAUUUGGAGAGUAAUAGUCCUAAACCUACUUCUCAAAGUGGCCUUCCGUUAACUUUCCUUUCAUGCAAAUUUUCUUACCUGUAUUUAUGAGUAACAUAAAUACGGUAGUAACAUAGGAAAUAAAAAAGUGUAUUUUCAAAGAUACAAAUGGGAGGUAGAACUCUAGCUUUUUCAUCAGUAUUUUUCUGCAUGUUUGGAAAUCAUCUACGUGGUCGUUUUUACAGGAACAUGAUUGUAGAACUUACGUUCCAGGUUUGGAUUCUUAUAGAAAAACAGGAAGUUACAAAACUUAACAUUGAAUCUGCUAUCUUUUUAAGAGGCCUGGGAAAAAAAAUACUAUCUUUACAUGCUGUCAUGCAGUACUAUGCACAGAAGCAGAAGACUUUUUUUUCCAACAUUAAUGAAACUGAGAAAUGAUGGUGCAAAUUUGGUUUUAAAAUUGAAUGUAAUUACAUGUGUACUUCUUACUACAUGUAACCAAGAAUAUUGCAUAUGAUAUUGUAAAUAUGAAUUACUUGUUUACAUGGAUAUUUUAUUGAGUGACUAAAAGAUAUUGCCAAAUA